GGGGUUUAGGAGCUGAUGCUAAAUAGUGAGCUCUUGGUAGAUCUUGCUACAAUCCAAACAAGACUGGUUUUAAUGGGUCUAUCCCUUGUAUUCAACUCUGUAAACAGACAAUUUGGUUCCUGCAAUAUAGUGACCGCAGGCCAAUUCCGUCCUAUCUCUGAGAUCGUUUCCGAUACAAGAAAAUAGGCUAUAUGGGCAUCUACAUCUCGACCGCAUAGUUCAUUCGUAUGCAUAGAUCUACGUAUCGGUUUAAAUAUAUUGGAUUUGUUCUUCAAAUCAAAUAAAACAUAUACGUAUUGCUCCUGUAGCCUACAACCGUAAGGCAAUGACUCGUUGCAAAAUAUUUAUGUUUACUGCCGGGCAACUACUGUAUGAUCCUUGGUUCUAAAGCUACGUUACAGUGUGACACAUCGGACCACCCAGCUACUCCACGGGAGAGCUAGCAUCCCGAUGGCGCGGACAGAACCCAUUAAGAACAGAGUUGUGGGUCUGUAAUCAGUUAAACGCCUGGGGCAACCAUGCGUGUGGGCUUCUGGGGCCUGCUGGCAGCAGUUAUCGUCCUCAACCUGCUGAUCAUCUACUACGUGUCCCAUGUCCAGCACCAGAUGAAUGAGAGGAGACGGGGCGAGCCAGGGAGGGGCUCCAGAAGGUCCCCCCUGCCUGUGUCCGGCCAGGGGGGUAGCGGGCCCGGAGCUGGGGUGGGGGGGGUUGGUGGAGGAGCAGGAGGGGGGGUCGGAGAAGGAAACACCCGUGGCCCGCGGGUCACCGUCCUCCUCCGUGAGUUCGAGGACUUCGAGAACUACGUGGGAGACGUGGCAAGGUCGUUCUUCCGCCAGCGGCCCGAGCUGCCCUUCCUGGCGGUGGCCGACUCCCCUCCCUACCCUCCUCUGGCGCUCUCUGACGGGGCCCGGCUCCUGGUGCUCACCCCCAGCCCGGACCAGCCCCCGCAGGCCCACCGGCCUGAGUUCCACGUCCAGACUGAGUUUGUGCUGCUGGUUCCCGACGGCGUGGAGCUGGAGCAGGGCCGUCUGGUGGAGCGUCUGAUCCGGGAGCUGGAGGGCGAGGGCGGCGGGCCCGUGAGGCUCGUGGCGGCGUCCGUGCUCGCCCGCUCUGCCGUGCAGUGCCUCAGCCUGAGGGUGAGCCUGCGCGAGUGGACGGCCACCUACACGCCCGGCGCGUCGGGGAGCAGCGGGAGCGUGUGCACAGCGCUGCAGGGCGACGCCGUCGUGCUGAUGAGGUCCGAGGACCUCUUCAACCUGUCCGUCCCCCUGGGGCGCCCUCUGAUGACCUCGCUGUUCAUCCAGACCUCGCUGCGCGGCUGGAAGGUCAAGCUGCUGGAGAGCCCCGCCUUUGCCGCGGGCCACAGGCCGCUGUUCAGCUCCGCCCACAACCAGUGGAAGGCAGACACGCGUGUGAAGGAGAGCACGGCUCGUCUGAUGAGGAGCUUCGGGCUGAAGCGUCUGCUGCUGGCGGAUGGGAAGGAGCAGUGGUUCGGCUGUGGGAAGGAGACUCCUCGCUGCUUUGGAACGGUGAGGGACGACACGCCUGAUUACCUGUACCUGGAGCGCUGGACUCCACCCUGCUGCCUGCGGGCCCUCCGAGAGACCACCAAGUACGUAAUCAACAUCCUGGAGAGCUCCGGGGUGCGCUACUGGCUGGAAGGGGGCACGCUGCUGGGAGCGGCCCGCCACCAGGACAUCAUCCCCUGGGACUACGACGUGGACCUGGGCAUCUACCUGGAGGACAUCCCCAACUGUGACUACCUGAAGAACCUGGACUCUGGCUCCCUGGUGGACGCUAAUGGCUUUGUGUGGGAGCGGGCGGUGGAAGGGGACUUCUACAGGGUGCAGUACAGCGAGGCCAACCACCUCCACGUUGACCUCUGGCCCUUCUACCCCCGCAACGGGGUGAUGACCAAGGACACCUGGACCGAACACAAACAGGAUGUGGAGUUCCCCGAGCACUUCCUGCAGCCGCUGGUGCCCAUGACUUUCGCCGGCGUCACCGCGUACGGACCCAACAACCACCGGGCCUUCCUGGAGCUCAAGUUUGGGGAAGGGGUGAUCGAGAACCCCCAGUACCCCAACCCAGCCAAGAAGAGGCUGGACAGGAGCAGGCUAUGAGGGAAGGUGGCUAGAAAGAGAGACAAGGAAGGGAGGAGAGGAGGAGAAGGGAGGAGAGGAGGAGAAGGGAGGAGAGGAGGAGAAGGGAGGAGAGGAGGAGAAGGGAGGAGAGGAGGAGAUGGGGAGGAGAGGAGGAACCCUCCCAAAAAGAGGCUAUCCCUGAGGUAGAGAGAGGAUGACGAGAUGGGAGAUAUGAAGCAGUAGGUGUGAGAGAAGUUGGGGUUGUCCUGAGGCUUUUCUCCCAGCUGUGUGUGCGUGUGGGCAGGUGCAGGAGGACUCAGAGGUGUUACAGAAACACAGAAAGACUGAAAUCCUAGCGCUGUCCGGGCCGUUUCUCUUGGAGGAAGUGUGACACGAUAGCUGAAGCAACAGCUCACGUACAGAAGGAAGUGUUAUAAUUAUUGGGUUCUAUCAUUGUGUGUGUGUGUGUGGGUGUAUGUGUGUGUACCUGGACUGAGGCUUGGGGUGUGUUUUGUGUAUGUAUGUUUGUGUGUUUGCCUGGACUAAGGCUUUGUGUGUGUGUGUGUGUGCGUGUGUGUGUGUGCGUGUGUGCGUGUGUGUGUGUGUGUGUGUGUGUGUGUGUGUGUGUGUGUGUGUGUGUGUGUGUGUGUGUGUGUGUGUGUGUGUGUGAAUUCAUGUUUACGUUUUCACUUUAUUUGAAAUUGGCAAAAAAUCGUGUUCGAUAUGGAUACCUUGCAGGGGGAAGUGAAUCAAAUAAAAUCUAAAUGUAUUUGUAUAGCCCUUUUUACAAGCAAUGUCACAGAGGGCUUCACAUAUGCCCAUAGAACGCCCCUCAACCAACCUAAACCCUCAAGGAAGACGAUGAAAACCUCUCCGAAAAAAUGGAAGAAACCUUGGGAGGAGCAUUUCAGUGAGGGAUGCCUUCCUUCAGAAACGGUUGGUGAAAGAGAGGAGCAGAACACAGGCUUAACAUAGUCAUACAGCAGGGAAGUGUCAAUGGGUGUUGAAACACCAAAAUCCAGUGUUCAACUUGGGUCAGAGUUAAAUGUCAGUUUUAGCAGAGGUAGCCACAGGGCUGGGGACUGUGACCGGCGCAGCAUCACAGGCAGGGAGGUGAGGGAGGGACCGGGAACUCGCUGUUGUCUGUCAGGGAGACCGAUGUCCACUUGGCGAUUAGAUCCAGCUUUGGCAGACUGUCACAGAUCGAUGUCCACUGGUGACCAGGUCCAGCGUUGGCAGACCGACGACCAGGCAGAUGCUGACGGCUCAAACCCCCCACAGGUGGGAUGUGUGGAGGGGGACAGAGAGAGGAGAGCAGGAAUUAGAGAAUGCCAGGAGCAACUAACAGUUAGAGUAAUAUUAGAACGAGGUCCCCACCAGUCAAGUGUGGACUAGUGCAGCAAUUUAGCAGAGCAAAAAAGGGUAUUCGAUGUAGCCCUAGACACUAAGACAGCGCCAGCCCCCCUCGGUUGGAACAUGAAAUCUGUUCCAGGGAAGAGAAACUCUAAAAUGAGGACGUGAGGCCUGGUGUUACUGUCAAACUUUUGUUUUCUGCAGGUUAUCGAAUACGGCUUUUGACUUAAAAGCGCUGAAAUGAGGAACUUCUUUUUAACACACUGCUGUGUUCCACACAGACAGCAGAUGAACACACUGCUGUGUUCCACACAGACAGCAGAUGAACACUGCUGUGUUCCACACAGACAGCAGAUGAACACACUGCUGUUGGCAGAGGUGGUUUCCCAGAGACCAGACCUCACCAAGUCUUCUAACCCCCAGCACUGCUGGAUUCUCAUUUAAUUGUCUGUAUGCGUACUGGGGCUACAUAACGCUGGAACUUACCGGAAUAUAUAAACAGCUAUAGAUCAUUUAAUUUGUCUAAGGCGGAACCAUCCAACUCACUUAUGAGGACAACACACAUUAAGAAGCCCACCAGCAGUCAGAAUCUUUAAGACUGUGUUCUAAAGGCAAUGCCCCUCCAGUUGAUCUAGGCUGAGAAAAUAAACAAGAUCUACUUUAUUGUUAUUAUACAAAACAAGUUUCUCUGCCUGAUGUGACCUGUAAUUCCAUGUUUAUAUUUGGUUAGUAGUGUAUAGUACUUACUCUGCUGUACCUGUAAACACUAUCUGAUUUCAGAAUUUCUGAUCCCAUCCAAACUACUUGAUGUAUUGGGUGCAGUUCUUUACUUUUACCAGCAGGGGGCAGAAGGGGAUCAUAAUUACAAUGCAUGCUUUCAGGCUCCAAAUGAAAUGUAUUUUUCAGACUCAAACACUAUCAGACUGAUGUGAACAUAGACAGAGGGGUUGAGAGUGUCUGUGUGAGUUAGAGCAGGGGUUUAGACCAAGUGUGCUCUACGCUGCAGUACGUAUGAAUGCAUUCUUCAGACACUGGUGUGAUUGGCUGAAACCUGGAUUUCUGAUCACACCCAUACAGGAGAAAAAAAGUGACGAAUGAAUGACAAGAGGAUCAUUAAAAAAGACUUUUAUUCUCUGAAGCAAGAACAUUUAGUUGUAACGGAAAAAUGGCCUCUCAGGCUCAGCUAGCCACCUGUAACAGACAACACCUACAGGACACACACACGGUGACAUAACUGACACCCUUCUGGAAUGACGAAUUUCCUUCUAUAUUUUUUUUUUUUUACAGACACAAAGUAACACAUCCAGGUCACAGAGAGCUACCCCCCCCCCCCCCCUCAAGGUUAUGAACAACCUUGUUAUAAGACGGGUUCUUCAGAUUGGAAUUCAAGUGUAAACCUACACGCCCCCUGGUAUAGGGUAACAGAGCACUGCAACCACCACCACCUUGAAGGCUGCAGACACUCAGUCUGUUCUGGGACCAUGCAUACUUUAUACUUUUGUAGUACGCUCCAACAAUGCAAGGUUGGACAGUGUUUGUGACAACUUAGAACAGGGCCAAUAUGUAACAGGAAACUGGAUUCUCCAAAUAGGUCGUAAGUUAAAUAAAAAUACAAGUAACGCCUAGUUGUGUUGGCCACGUUUUAAACAAUUUGACUGGGAUGAGUUCGGGGAAGUAGCUGACACCAACAUGUAACACACACACACACGUGAUCAAACAGAAUCUCAGUUAAAGUAUCAAAAGCCAUGACCAACAACGGAUUUAAGAUGACAUUUCUAGAAAAAUACACAACAUCAUCCAUUAAAUUUAUAACUAAUAAUAUGUUAUAUCUGAAACAUCAGACAAUCCAGAAAUUAAAUUAAUGUUAGUGAUUUCCUACGACAGACAGGGCUUUGAGUUAAACAGAUUUAGAGAUGCUAAAAGUUUGAUAAAAAAUAAAAAGUGAUGGUGUGAUAAGAUACAGCAACAUAGGCAGGGUCUGGGUUCAACUAAACUGCUUUGGAUUGUUUGAAAAGAUCACAGAAAUAAAUAGAACGUAGUAAAAAGGUACAUUUCAAUUUCAAGAAAAGUCAGGAAAUAACCAUAACUUCUAAAAAGGC